AUGCAGUUCGAGCAGCCUCCGUCCGCCCGGCGCGCCCCCACCUUCUACGCGCGCCGCGACGCCGACGCGUGGCAGCUCCUCGGCGCGCUCCUGCCGCGGCGCGCCGCCACCACCCGCCACGUCCAGCAGGCGCACGCCCGCCUCGCCGUCCUCGGCCUCGCCACCGCGCGCUUCCUCCCGCAACUCCUCGCCGCGCUCCCCCGCCUCCCGCACCCGCCACCGCCGAUCGAGGACGCCUCCUCCUACCCGCUCUCCCUGUUCCGCCGCUCCAACUCCUCGUCCGCCUUCGCGUCCAACCACCUCCUCCGCGUGCUCCCGCACCCUCUCCCGCUCCGCCUCUUUCCCGGCCUCCCGCGCCGCAACCCGCACUCCUUCACCUUCCUCCUCGCCUCCCUCUCCGAUCACCUCGACGCCGGUCACGCCACCGGCCCAGCCCCCUCCUUCCUGGGCUCCCACGUGCACGCGCUGGCCGUGAAGGCUGGCGCGGCGGGCGAUCUCUACGUGCGGAACGCGCUCACACACUUCUACGGCGUCUGCGGCGACGUGGGGGCGAUGCGGUUGAUGCUCGACGAGCUGCCGCGCGUGCGGGACGUGGUGACUUGGAACGCGGUCCUUGCCGGCUACGUCCGAGCGGGCAUGCUCCGGGCAGCACGGGAGGUGUUUGAUGAAAUGCCGGUCAGGGACAGGGUUUCUUGGAGCACGGUGAUGGGCGGGUAUGUGAAGGAAGGGGAGCUGGACGUGGCGCUGCAGGUGUUCAAGGAUAUGGUGCAGAAGGGGGUGAGGGUAAAUGAGGCUGCGGUCGUGACGGCAUUGUCGGCGUCUGCGCAGCUGGGUUUGCUUGAGCUUGGGAGGUUUGCGCACGAGGUUGUCCGUAGAGAAGGGAUGCCGGUCAGUGUGAACGUAGGGACCGCGCUGGUGGAUAUGUAUUCCAAGUGCGGGUGUGUGGCAGUGGCCAGGGAAGUUUUCGAUGCGAUGCCGAGCAAGGACGUUUUUGCAUGGAACGCCAUGAUUUGCGGGCUCGCUGCUCAUGGGUUUGCACGGGAUGCCGUGGAACUCUUUGAACGGUUUCUCGAUGAGGGUUUGUGCCCAACAAAUAUUACGUUUGUUGGUGUGCUGAAUGCGUGCAGCCGUUCUGGUCUUGUCGCUGAAGGGCGGCGGUACUUCAAGUUGAUGGCAGAAAAAUAUAGUGUUGAGCCAGAAAUGGAGCAUUACGGAUGCAUGGUUGAUCUUCUGGGCCGUGCUGGUCUUGUUUCAGAAGCCAUCGAAUUGAUAAAAGGGAUGCCUAUUGCACCUGACCCAGUUCUCUGGGGCACUGUACUCUCGGCUUGCAAGACACAUGGCCUGGUGAACCUGGGGGUUGAGGUUGGCAACAAGCUAAUUGAACUGGAGCCAGCUCAUGAUGGCCACUAUGUCCUCCUUGCAAGUAUAUACGCCAAAGCAAAGAAAUGGGAUGAAGUCAGGGAAGUCAGGAAAUUGAUGUCUAGUCGGGGUACCAGCAAGUUAGCUGGCUGGAGCUUGAUGGAGGCACAAGGAAACGUGCAUAAGUUUCUAGUAGGAGACAUGGAUCACAAGGAUUCUGUUCGGAUAUAUAAAAUGCUUGACAUGAUUAACAGAAGGUUAGCAGAUGCAGGGUAUGUACCAGAUGUGUCAUCUGUAUUGCAUGACAUUGGAGAUGAAGAGAAGGUGCAUGCAAUCAAGGUGCACAGUGAGCGGCUGGCAAUUGCUUAUGGGUUCAUAGUUACGGAAGUUGGCAGCCCAAUCCGUAUUGUUAAGAAUCUCCAGGUGUGUGGGGAUUGUCAUGAAUUCAGUAAGAUGGUGACAAAGGUUUUCAAUAGGGAGAUUAUUGUGAGAGAUGGUAGUAGAUUCCAUCAUAUGAAAGAAGGAAGGUGUUCUUGCCUUGACUACUGGUAGUUACUUGGCUGACUGGUUUUUCUGUUAAUUGAAAGAAGGGAGAUGUUCUUGCCUUGACUAUUGGUAGUUAGUUGGCUGACUGGUUUUUCUGUUAAUUGAACCCGUAUAAUUUAGCACAUAAUUUUGCUGGAGUCAAAGAGUUGGUGGCUGGCAGAGAGGUUCUAGUUUCAAGCAAAUCCCAAUUCAUGUGCCAUACGCAGCUCCUGGCGCUCAAGUCUGUAGCUGGAUGGGACAUGGAACGACAUUCUUACUUGUGAUGUUAGGCAUUUUACGCAUGCGGAACUCAUGGAGUGUGUAAUAGCUCUACAGAUGAUCCACACAAGGAUAUAUCAGGAAGUCUCGGGAAAGUUAGAGCAAAAAAAGGGAGGGAAAAUCAAAUUUGUAGCAGGCUAAUGGUGAUCCACAAAAAGAUUGUAGUUAGACAGUGCUGCAAAGAAGAGGUCUUUCGAAUACGGGAAGCCCAAGAUGCCAAUAUAUCCUAUAGUUAUGUUUUAGGCAUCGCUUGAUAAUCCAGAGUACAGUGGGGACGUAAAUGCCUAAAGGAGGUUGUUUCAUUUGUGGUUUGAACAAUAUAGUUUAGGGAAGCAAUCAAGUGAUUUUCAUC